AUGUAUAUUAGUAUGAGUUGCAACUAUUAUACGAGUAUAAUAUUAAUAUUGAUUAUUAAUAAUUACUUAAUUUGGGGCGGUACCUUUUGGCAACUAAAUCAAGAGGCUAAUAACUCAAAGUGUUCUUUAAAUGGCCAUGUGCUACUAAAAUAUUAUUUAAUUAAAUGCCCUGCCACUGACAUACAAAUGCAUGUGAUUUUGGGUCCUGGCAAUAGAACGAAAAUUAAAUGUUUUGAUCUUGAAUAUUCGAAAUUUCAACAAAUAUUGCCAAAUCUUACAAUUGGAGCGAGUGCAGUGGUUGAAAUUAGAGACUGUCCACUACCAGAGUCUAAACCAAUUUCAACAAUAAUGCAGCAUCUUGGUAUCUUAAGUUUCGAGAACUUAAUUUUCAAUAAUAAAUAUGAAUUGGGACAAAAUCUGACUAAGCUACAUUUUAGUAAUUUAACAACAUUACGAAAUCUAACGUUAGUAUUGAACAGUGUAACAACUAUACCAGAUGACUUAUUCAACGAUUUAUCUUUGAAAAGUUUGGAAUCAUUGGAUUUAUACUCGAACGCUAGUCAACUACCCAACAAUUUAUUGAUGAAAUUGCCGAAUGUUGAUUUCAUGGCAUUAGGUAGAAAUCUUCAUUCAUUGCCGUAUGACAUUUUUCGACAUCAAAGCAACUUAAUUGAAUUAACUUUAAGUGACAAUAAAUUGGAAAAUCUACCGAAAGACAUCUUUGGUUUUAGUUCAACUUUAAAAAGUUUAAACUUAGAAAAUAAUCUUAUUGAGGUUUUAGCCCCUGAGAUUUUUGCAACCUUAACCAGCUUAUUACGACUAAAUCUUAGUGGCAACAAAUUUAUUACACUGCCUCAGGGACUUUUGGAACACAAUAAAAAAUUAACAGGAUUUACCUUGAGCCAUAAUCAGGUGCCUUUAAAAAUCAUGCCUUCGAACCUUCUGGCGGAUUUACCACAUUUGUAUGAAGUAUUCUUGGAGUGCGGUUUGGAGCAACUGCCUGCAAAUAUAUUUCACAAUUCGAAAAAUAUUAUAUUGUUAACAAUGAGCGGUAAUAAGUUCAAAGAACUACCGGAAGAACUAUUCAAGAGCCAGCAGCAUAUGAAAUAUUUGAAUAUAUCAAAUAAUCAAAUACAGCAUUUACCGGAAACUUUAUUAAACAAUUCUACGGACUUGGAGAUAUUUGAUGUGUCCUAUAAUAAUUUAACGAAAUUUAAAAGUAAUGUUUUUGAUGCCUGCUCCGAAUUACAAGUUCUUUUAUUCAACAACAAUAAAUUGACAACUGAAAACACACACAUAAUGUGGUCAUUUCGAUUCCAUCGCAAUUUAAAGGAAUUGAAUUUUAGUAACAAUUUAAUUUCCUCAAUAUCAAGAGACUGGACAGUGCCAUAUUUCCUGGAAAUCUUUGAUUUGAGUCAUAAUAAGUUUACCACUCUUAGCGAUGCAGACAUAAUUAAUUUCAUUAUAUACAACUUAGAAUUAAUUUUAACACACAAUCAAAUCACCACCAUAUAUUUACAAAACUUUACUCUUGCAGGUAAAGAAUUUCAAAAUCAGCUAUUGAAAAUCGAUUUAAAUAAUAAUCCCAUAGAGUGUGAUUGUAGAAUGUUAAGUUUUGUGCAGUUGUUUAAGGCUCCAACUAUAAACUAUAGGUUAAUAGAAAAUGUGCAAUUUCUGGUCAAAGAACUAACAUGUUUAGAACCAAUAGAUCUUAGGGGAAAGCUUGUUAAGAAUUUGGAACCUCCAACUUUAUUAUGUGAAUAUAAAGAUAAAUGUCCGGCUCAAUGCACAUGUUCGAUAAGAGCUUUUGAUCAAAUACUAGCUGUAGAUUGUUCUAUGAGAAAUUUAACAAAAGUUCCUAUGCUACCUACCAUAACAGAAUACUACCUAAAAGGCAUUGAACUAGAUAUACAAAACAAUCAAUUAUCAAGUCUUCCUAACGCCCGCACACUGGGUUACGCCAAUGUUAGCACAUUACUUGUAGCUAAUAAUCAUUUAUGGCAAAUCGAAAGACAUCAACUGCCCGAAAAUUUAACAUAUUUGGAUAUAAGAGGCAACUAUUUGAAAACCUUAAGCACUGAUACUUUAAUGUUUAUGAAUGGUAGUAAAUUAUGGCAGGUGUAUCUAUCGAAUAAUUCAUGGAUGUGUGAUUGUGAUGCCAGGCCAUUGUUGCGUUUUGCCCAAAACAAUUUGCAGCUAUUUAAGGAUUUUUCCAACAUGACGUGUGCCAACACCGAUCGUCUUACAUUUUUCUAUGAUUUACAUGAUCUUUGUCCGAUUGAGCGAAAAUUCUAUGUAUUUGUUUUUAUAUUUGUUGCAGUGAUCUGUCUCAUUUUGGCCUUGUACUAUAAAUAUCAAACCGAAAUAAAAAUCUGGUUAUAUGCCCACAAUAUGUGUCUGUGGUUGGUGGUCGAGGAUGAAUUGGAUCAGGAUAAGGUCUAUGAUGCCUUUAUCUCAUAUUCAGCUAGAGAUGAGGAUUUUGUUUUGGAUAUUUUAUUGCCCGAAUUGGAAAAUGGUCGUCCUUCAUUCAGAUUGUGUGUGCACGUUCGCGACUGGCUGGUAGGCGAAUGUAUUCCCGAUCAAAUUUUGCGUUCCAUAGCAAUUUCUAAGAAAACUAUUGUAGUGUUGACCACAAAUUUCAUAGAAUCUGUUUGGGCUAAAAUGGAAUUUAAAGCUGCCCAUCAAGCCGCCCUUACAGAAGGUCGAGCCAAAGUGAUUGUUAUUAUUUAUGAAGAUAUAGGAAAUGUUGAGGCUCUGGAUGAAGACCUGAAGGCCUAUUUAAAAAUGAAUACGUAUUUGAAAUGGGGUGAUCCAUGGUUUUGGCAGAAAUUGCGCUAUGCUAUGCCGCACGUUACAAGAGAUCAAAAUAGAUUAUUUGAAAAUGUACAAAUGCAGGACAUGUGGAAUAGAAGAUGAU